UGUAGAAAUAUAAUAUAUUGUGGAAAGGCAUGUGGAAGUAACUGACGGCAAAAACACUUGUAUAUUACUAUUACCCGGAAACACGACCGUUCGCAUGUGAAUAAGUGUUCCCUUUGGUGUGUUCAAUUUGUUUUUUCUAAUCGAAACCGUCGGGUCCGAUCCACUCAAAACAGACGUUUGUCAUUGAAAACAAUAACGGAUGAUUAGCCAAUUUAAGAUUGAGGUUCGCACUACGUCAUCUCGUGCUUCCUUCAAUAAUCGGACGUCCAUUGGACAUUGGUGACUCUAUCGCGCGAAAUGUUCGGCAGAAGAAGUCGCGGUGACAGUUUGAGCAAGAGCGGGAAGACAAGGAAGCUGGAAGAGUUGGUGUUGCCAAACGCGAAACUGAAGUUCUGUCCGGAUCAGUUGCAGAACAUCAAUUUCAUUUUCAAUAAGAGAUUGGAGCAGGCACAAGAUCAGAUCAAAGAUAAGCCGCUGUUACUUGCCAGAUCAGUAACUGAACGCCUGGUUCAAAGACUUUUGUGUGGAGUUGGAGCUUUGGAUCCAAGAUUCGCCUCCAAAUUUUUAAUUUACAAUCAUGAUGAGAAAAAUAACACACUACCUCUUCGUCUUAAAUACUUGGUACGUCUGGAUUCACUAUCGACUCCUGUUAUUUACGAAUCGGAUAAGACACCAAAGUAUUCGGUAAUCGAAACGGAUACCGAUUAUCCACCAGCUUAUGCCAGAGUGAGACUUCAUACUUCUUCCUUCAAAGUUUGGGGAGAUUAUACCAACUCCAAUGGAUAUCUCAGAAGAGACAAAGUCCAGGCAAGAUUUGUCGAGCUGCUUGCUCUCUCAGCUGCCAGAGAUAAUCCCAGCUCACCUCUGUAUGUAGAUGAGUCCGUACACUGCGGAAUUCCCGGCAAAAUAUUGGAUCCUGCAACUCUUCAUUUUAUUUUAAAUGUCCCCUCCAAACACCAGGUGUUUUACGGACCAGGUGGCAAUGUACCUCGAUUUCCCGACCCAAGAGAUGUCAGACUUGCCAUCAUUGACGAACCUAGUGGUAUUAAAAUUAAAAUCGAAUUUCUUUCCCCUGCUUUGUCCAAUGUUACAGUCAACGUACGACUUUUGGUGGCAAUUGGGAUUGAUGCUUGGCCAUCAACCACCACCUUUCCUUCCAGAAUAUCCUUGGGACAUUCCGAUUGUUUAUUGUACCAUCGUGCAGCCCAAACUGGUAUGUAUUUGGUAGGUUAUGGUGUACAAUCGUCUGCUUGGCACAUCCGAGUACCUGCAGCCGAAUACAUGAUGCUAAACCAUUAUGGUCCAAACAGUACUGUUAGAACUGUGUUGGACGUUCUUUAUAACAUAAUGGAUGAAAUUGAUAACUCGAGAAAAUUUAAGAAACGUUUGUGCUACAAGAUACUGAACAGAUAUAUUCUUCUAUGUAUUUUAUUCGAACAAUUAGAGGAAUGUGUGUCAGGUCAUGAAAAUGAUAUAAUUUUUUGGUCACCUUUAUACUUAUCGACCAUUGUACUUAAACUCCUUGAUAAAGUGAUAACUAGACUGUAUGGUGAAUGGCAACCGAAUUACUUUUUUAACAAGAGCAACCUUCUCAUUAAUCCAGGUCAUUUAGCGGAUGAAGAUUAUAUUGUAGAAGCUAACAAUGUAAAGAAUCUGUUGCUUAAACUUUUUGAUGAAUCUCUCAUGUCGACAAAAGAUAAUGAAGAUUUCACUAAGAUGUCACUGGCACAAGAAAGUGAAACAUUAUUAUUAUUCAAAUGGAAGGAUAUAAUUCAUGGUAUGUUGCCACCAUCAGGAACAAGAGGUCGUCGAUUCUGUUUUGCUGGAUCCAAAAACAAACAAGAAGUAGUACACACUCAAUAUACAACAAGGCAACUAGAAUAUAUUGGGUUGCUUUUAAAAAGUAUGUUAAGAGUAAAACAGAAAUUACUCCAGGCCGAUCCUACUCCCAUAGAGGAUCAAAUUAUGAAGGAGGAUUUUGAUAAAGAUGAACCUUUAGAAGAUGUAAUCUUUAUUCUAGUUACCAUUAUGGAUCAAGCAAGAGACCAGUAUUUAUCCAACUCCAACAGCCCCAAUGUAGUAAAAAAUCGGACUAAAAUCAAGAGUCACUAUAAUACUUACAUGUCAAAACUUGUGGACAUUAUUCGAAAAGACAAAGAGAUAAACAAUCACGAUUUCUCAGAUGAUACAGUUCUUGUAAAAAUCAUACUAAAAUGGCUUUACAAGGCCAUGGAUCAGAACAGAAGAUAUUUAGGACCAAUAUUGCGCCCUUAUUUAAAUUAUCUCUUUGUUACGUCACAUUCGAUAUCUUGGCACAUAGACUCAAUCAAACAAAGACAAUGCGACGAAGAACUAAACUCUUUGGGUAAAUUCUGUGAGUUAGUUUAUAAGGGGCAAAUCACGCCAGCAGAAGGUCUAAUCGAUGCAGUUAAUAAGCAUUGGAAUUGGGCCAAACAGAUGAUGAAAAUGGUAGAGAAAAAUACUUUAAGAGUCGUGUUCGUGUCUGACAGGGGCAAAGUUUACAGACACAUUCUGUCACUUCCCUCUUAUGAUAGAAGAAAAAAUUUGGAGGGAAGUAAGACAUUAGAAUCGGAUAAAAAGAAACGGGAGAUUAGAAGGCAGAAAACUAUGCCAAAUAGGAACUACUUCAAUUCAAUAUUAAAAGAAAAGGGUGAUGGAUCGGACGAAGACUCAGUUCCACAGCAUGAAAAUUUGAAAAACUUCAGUCCUCUUACACAUGUCCUGAACAGCCGACACCGAAGAGGUGAACAUAGAGGUUGUGGAGAUGUUCUUAAUACUUUGAUUUCCAUGCAAAAGCUAAAUGUUUUCCAAGAAGUGACAAGUAGUUUACCACAAGAAGACCGAAUCGAACUAGCCGAAUUAAUUCAGCAGCUGCAAAUGUCAAAGUCUAAAAAAUCAUCAACCAAACGGUGGUCCAACACUCUGCCUCAUUCAAAUAGUAAAAUUCGGAUGACUGCCACGUCAGAAGUCGUCGCGAAAUACACACCAAAGGAGGAAAGUGCAGGUGUCAAAAUAAACGAAUCUAGAACCAAAGAGGCAGUUAAACUGAACAAUGUAAAUCUCAACAGUUUAAUUGGAACUUGUAGAGCUGCACGGAUCCGAGAGGACAGCAGUGUGUUCUUGCUGAAGGAUAACUUUAAGAUUAAAUCGUUACUCAAUAAGAGCGAAUCGUUCAAGUAUUAACGUAUGUUAAUACGUUAUAUAUUUGAGUUUUAAUUAUUAUUAUAUUUAGUUCAGUGUUAUAAACAGGGUUGAAAUAAAUGUAUUUGU